GGUUUCCACAAGUCACCUGACACACUUGUGAUUGAGCUCGAGCUUCUCGGAACAACUGGUUAGACGACAAACAGCUGCCCCGAGUGCCUUUUUUCUACUAUUUAACUUGGGAAUUACGACAGUUCCCGUAGUGAUAAGUCUAUUUUUGAGUUUACGUCGUUGUUUUAGUCGUUAAACGAUGGUUUCGUGUUUAUUUUGCGGUCCCAAGUUGGCCGCCUGCGGUAUUGUCAUCAGCAUCUGGGGAGUCAUAAUGCUGGCAAUGUUGGGUAUUUUCUUCACCACCCACUCUGCAGUGCUGAUAGAUGAUGUGCCUUUCAAAGAGGAAGACAUGCACAAUGAUCAAGAGCCUCCCCACACCAUCUACGGCCUCUAUAACCAGGUUGGAUACAACUGUUUCAUCGCAGCGGGUAUCUAUGUGCUGGUUGCCGCUCUCUCCUUUUGCCAGAUUAAACUCAACCAUCGCAAGGAGUACAUGGUGCGCUAGCACCACCUACUGGACUAGCUAUGGUACUGCAGGACUGAUACCACCUGCUGGACUUGCCAUGGUACUGCAGGCUGCAGCACCACCGCCUUACACUGUCUGGAGAAGUGUAUUUUUCUAUACAUGUUCUGUUUUAAAUAUGAAUGAAUGGUAGCCAGGGUUGGGGCCGAUUCCAGACAAUUCAGGAAGUACCCUGAAAUUGCAAUGAGGAAUUUUUUUUAUUGGAAUUUGGUUGACCUUUUUAAUUGAAAUGGAAUUGACCCAAGCCCUGAUGGUAGCAUUGUUAUUGUCUGGCUUGUGUCCUGAUUCUCCACACUUCUCCCAAGUGUGCACUUGUACAGUCGCCAUCAAGGACUUAAAGCAUGGGAUUGAUGUAAGCAUUGGCUGGAGGGAGUUUCCAGCACUCUUAAAUCCAUGGGCGGGAUUGUGCAAGUGCACACUUUGGAAGAAGGGUGGAGAAUUGGGAGUUAACAAAUAUAUUGAUCAUUCACAUACAUAGGUUAAUCACUAACGCCGUGCUAUUAUUUAUCUACUGAAAUCAAAUCACCAGAGUUGUAUUAUUUCCUUGCUAGCGUCUACAGAAUUAGGAAUAAUAACUGCUUUCUGUUAAUUCACUGUGCCUGUCUUCCCCUCAGGUAAAAAUUAUCUUGCAAUUUCUCAAAUUAUAGUUGUAUUUGUUUGAAGCCUUAACUUGUUUUAGAAGCUGCACAGAAGUUUGAACUUCUAGUGUUUUUUAGAACUUCUAGAAUGUUGUGCCUUAUUAUGCGACAGAAGCUGUUCUUUGUGUGUUCUAGUGCUUCUCAGAAUGUUCUAUUCUAAUCUAGUGACUUAUUGGACAGAAUAUGUUCAUUUCUCUGCUUUCUCAUGGACUGUUCAGUCAGAUCUCUUGGCUUUGCAGUUUUGGAAAUCUAAUCAAAAGUUUUGAAUUUUGUCCAGCCUUGAUACAGUUUGAUGUAAUAAAUCCUGAUUGUUGAGUAGUUUUAAAAAUAACGUUUUAUUUGAGUAGGGUCAUAUGCAAUAACAUUGACACGUAGAAAUUUACGACAGUAAGAUGCAUUGCACCAUAACACAUUAGCUUGCGCUAAUUUACAGUGCCGUCCCUGGAUAGACAGUAACAUGGCAAGAAAAUCCAAGUGUAAUAGCAUAGUUAAAGAACAUUACCUUAUUACGUUAUUCUAAAUGUUACAGGUAAUAAUCACAGUGUAUCUCCUAUUGACCAGUGUUGUUUGAGCCCCAUACAUUAAAGAGAGGAUAAGACUACACAGAGGUCUACAUGCUUUUCUCUAUACGGCUGGGCAGUAGGAAGAAGUAAGGCGCUUUAGACUGUUGGGAAUGGGAUGUCACCCAUUGUCCAUUUUUGUGGUCAUGGUGAUAAGACCCAAUAGGUCAAGUGAUUCUGUUCUCAACGGUUUCCUGAACUCUGUCCUGUCCCCCCCCCCCCCCCCCCCGGGUGCACUUUUUGGGGUUUGCCCUAGCGCUACACAGCUGGUUCAAAUAACCAACUCAUCAAGCUUUGAUUAUUUUAAUCAGCCGUGUAGUCCUAUGGC